CAAUGCUGCACUUUUGCUGCUGCCUCUCUAAACAAAUACAGGAGGACACGGAAGAAGGAAGUACACCUGCUGCUGCCGUCCGUUCAUCCAGCUUCCAGCAUCCGCCUGCCUCGGUAAUCAGUGAUUAAGCUGGCUGGUUGUUUUCCGCAACUUCAGUUAAGUUUCGAUGCAGAGGAAGUCAGAUAGUCUCGACAGGGAAACUUUCACUUUUGGAGAAGAGCCGUAAAGAAAGUUCAGAAUCAGCCGUAAAAUCCUGCUGAUACCAGCCAGGUCAACUCGGAGUAGUUCUGAAGCCUGAACAUGGCAGACAACGAGGAAGCAGCGCAAACUGAGGUCCAGCUCACAACCUCAUCCAGCGGACCAGCGGACACUCAGCCAGCUGCUGGCCGCAAGGGAGAUGCGGAGGAACCGCAGACGGAUCAAGGAGCGGCCCAAUCCCAGCGCGGUGACCCCGGCGUGGACUCAUGUGUGUCGCAGUUCAAAACCAGGAAGUUCUUCGUGUUGCGGCCUGGCACUCUGGAUGAGGCCAUCAAAGAUGUCAAAGCUCUGGUGAAUCAAGAGGAAGAUGGCAACGUUCAAAGCAUCUGGCUGAUGGCAGAGGUGGAUCACUGGAACAAUGAAAAGGAACGUAUGUCUGUCAUCACAGACAACUCUCUGCUGGUCUUCAAGUACGACUUCAUGAUGCUGAACGUUGAGCAGAUCCAGAGGAUCCCGCUGAACUUCGUGGACCGCAUCUGUCAAGGGACCUUCACUUUCCCAAAGCACUCCCUACUUCAGAGAGAAGGAGAAGGGAUGCGUGUCUUCUGGGACCGUCUGAGAGAACCCUCCUUUAUCUCCAGAUGGAACCCCUUCACCACCGACUUCCCCUUCAUCACCUUCACGCACCACCCUGUCAGGAACAUCAGCGACACGUUUGCUGCUCUCUGUGAUAUCGACAAGUUUUGUGAGCAGCUCAGGGAGGCAGCUCAGAAAGCCCACGCCAUGAAACCAGUUCCUGGAAAAGCCAACGGUGUUAUGCUCCUUAAGCAAUCCAUCCAAAUCGAGGCUUACGUGGGCGCUAUGUCUUUCCUCGGAAACCAGAACAAACUGGGCUACUGCAUGGCUCGAGGAAACAUUGGCUUUUAAACUAACACUUGUGCUGUUGUUCAGUUUGUUUGCACUUAUUUGGAAGUCUUUAAUUCUGUUCAGAUUUGUUUACAGUGAUUUAAUAAACGUUCCACAAAGACUGGACACAGAUGUAUUCCUUUUUUUCUUCCUGUGUGAGGUUUAAACAUCUGUCUGAUAGCUCUCACUGCUCAUUACCAGUGUGUGGUGUCUGAGUCCUCAGAAAUAUCCACAUUUCAACACUGCUCUUCACUGGAUGACAGAUCCCCCGCUGCUUCCAAGGAGCUUUAUAUUUGCAGUGAUAUGGUAAUUCAACUCUUUCGCAACGAGAUUCCUUUCUUACUCCCCCGGUAUCUCUGUUAAAAGCUCAUUCCCAUGCCAUUUAGCCCCUUAGAAAUUCACUGGAGCAUAGGGGCACAUUUGUCAGCUUAGUUUUAUCAUUCAGUGUAUUUUUACAGUGCAAACAGUGGUGGAAUUUCCCCUUGAUUUAUUUACAUACUGCAUGGAGCUCUCAUGAGGCUAGAAUAGACAUAAAAAUAUAUGAUUUUAUUCUUUGAGUUUUCCUUUUUUCCAUUUACAAUUCAUUAAUAUCUCAACUUACUAGAGGUGUGUUUAAUUCUGCUGAAUUAGCUGUUAUCUGAGGUUUCUGCCGGUAGCAGCAGGUUUAGCUUUUCUAUAUAGGAAAUAUUCACUGAGUACAUACAUUAGAGGAGAAACUUCUUGCAGUGCAACUAAAACGUGAUAUAUUACACUGUCUUUGAUUUAUUAACA